UCGGGCGGCGCUGGGAGAGAGGCCAUGGCCGCCUCCUGCCUUUGGUUUUCGCUGCUGCUGGCGGCAGCGACCGCGGGUCGCGGGGCGGCCCUGUGGCCCUGGCCCCAAUACAUCCAGACCCACUACCGGCGUUACACCCUGUACCCCAACAACUUCCAGUUCCGGUACCAUGGCAGUUCGGCCGCGCAGCCCGGCUGCAUCGUCCUCGACGAGGCCUUCCAACGCUACCGCAGCCUGCUCUUCGGUUCCGGCUCGUGGCCUCGACCCAGCCACUCAGGAAACCGGCAUGCCUUGGAGAAGAACAUGUUGGUUGUGUCAGUGGCCACGGCGGGCUGUAAUGAGUUCCCUACUUUGGAGUCAGAGGAAAAGUACACACUGAUCAUAAAUGACGAACACUGUUUACUGGAGUCUAAGACUGUCUGGGGAGCUCUUAGAGGUCUGGAGACUUUCAGCCAGCUUGUUUGGAAAUCUGCUGAGGGCACGUUCUUUAUCAAUAAGACAAACGUCGAGGACUUCCCCCGCUUCCCUCACCGGGGCCUGCUGCUGGACACCUCGCGCCAUUACCUGCCUUUGGCUGCCAUCCUGGACACACUGGAUGUCAUGGCAUACAAUAAAUUCAACGUCUUCCACUGGCACCUGGUCGACGACCCUUCCUUCCCAUACGAGAGCUUCACAUUCCCAGAGCUCACCCGGAAGGGAUCCUACAACCCCGUCACGCACAUCUACACAGCCCACGACGUGAAGGAGGUCAUCGAGUACGCGAGGCUGCGGGGCAUCCGCGUGCUGGCAGAGUUUGACACCCCCGGCCACACUUUGUCCUGGGGACCAGGUAUCCCAGGGCUACUGACUCCCUGCUACUCCGGCUCUCUGCCCUCUGGCACCUAUGGACCGGUGAAUCCAAUUCUCAACAACACCUAUGAGUUCAUGAGCACAUUCUUCUUGGAAGUCAGCUCCGUCUUCCCAGAUUUUUACCUUCACCUUGGAGGAGAUGAGGUUGAUUUCACCUGCUGGAGGUCCAAUCCUGAUAUCCAGGCCUUCAUGAAGAAGAAGGACUUCGACGACUUCAAACAGCUGGAGUCCUACUAUAUCCAGAAGCUGCUGGACAUAGUCUCUUCUUAUAACAAGGGCUACGUGGUGUGGCAAGAAGUGUUUGAUAACAAAGUUAAGGUUCGGCCAGACACCAUUAUACAGGUGUGGCGGGAAGAGUUGCCAGUGGGGUACUUAAAGGAGAUGGAGCAGAUCACCAAGGCUGGCUUCCGGGCCCUGCUCUCUGCCCCCUGGUACCUGAACCGCAUCAGUUACGGCCCUGACUGGAAGGACAUGUACACAGUGGAGCCCCUGGCCUUUGAAGGUACCAAAGACGAGAAGGACCUCGUGAUUGGGGGGGAGGCCUGCAUGUGGGGAGAGUAUGUGGACAGCACAAACCUGGUCCCCAGGCUCUGGCCCAGAGCAGCCGCUAUUGCCGAAAGGCUGUGGAGCAGCAACUUAACAACUGGCCUGAACUUCGCCUAUAGACGCUUGUCCCACUUCCGCUGUGAGCUGCUGAGGCGAGGCGUCCAGGCCCAGCCCAUCAGUGUAGGCUACUGUGAACAGGAGUACGAGCAGAGCUGAGCCGCCGCCCCAGGCACCAAGGAAGGUGCUGGCCCUGACAACUGUGGUGGGCCAGGCUUCCACUACACCCCGGCCGGCCGGGGACAGAGCCCCGUGCCCCCGUGCCUGGAGAGAGGAGGCUGGUGCUGGCGCUGGUGUUCAAUAAAGAGUGACAUGACAUUUUUCUAUGAUGAA